UUCUGUAAUAUUUUAGAUUUAAUGAAACCUUGAAAGCAUAUUUCACGCUCACUGACAGUACGCCAAUAGUUGUAUCGUCUUUGAACAAAUGCUUUGAAGAGCGUCUGUUGGGAGCGACGUUUGGAUUUUUGGAAGUGUGAUCAAUCAAAGGGCACCAUGAGUCGUCGAAAAAAAACGAAAGUUGAAAUUCAUGAAAUGGAAGAGAAAUAUGGACAGUUAGUGGAGGAAGAGGAGGUUCCUGAUACUCCAGAAAAGCACAAAGUUAGUGCUGCAUUAGACAGUAAGCCUGUAAUAACAGAUACCUCCGGUGCGACAUUUAAGAAGAAGACCGGGGGCUCUGCAACUGCUGAAGCAGCACCAAAUGCAACACCUUCACAGGGUGGUCAGUCAGUGAAAGAAGUGAAAGAGGAAGAAAUGGAAAUGGAUUCGGAAUUAGAUGACCCUACAGCAGGAUUGGAAGGCGCAGCAUUCCAGAGUCGCUUGCCAUUUGACAAACUGACAGCAAAUGAAGCAUCCUGCUUCCCGGAUGUAGCUCAAGGUCCUCCACAAACACAAAAAGUUUUUCUUCACAUUCGAAAUCGCUUGCUGCAGCUUUGGCUCGAAAAUCCUAAGCAGCAGCUACUUCUGGAAAAUGCUCUACCAAUGAUGGAGCCACCGUACAAUAGUGAUGGACCUCUUGUAGCUCGGGUACAUGCAUUCCUGGAAAGGCACGGUUUCAUCAACUUUGGAAUCUUUAAGCGGCUGCGCCCAUUGCCUGCAAAGAAACUGGGCAAAAUCAUUGUCAUUGGUGCUGGAAUAGCUGGCCUAGCUGCUGCCCAACAGCUGCAGCAAUUUGGAAUGGAGGUGUUGGUACUAGAGGCACGAGACAGAGUUGGGGGACGCAUAGCAACAUUUCGGAAAUCAUCAUAUAUUGCAGAUCUAGGCGCUAUGGUGGUGACGGGGCUUGGUGGGAAUCCAGUUACAGUACUGUCAAAGCAGAUUAAUAUGGAACUUCACAAAAUACGACAGAAAUGUCCAUUGUAUGAAUCUUCUGGGUGCACUGUUCCUAAGGAUAAAGAUGAAAUGGUGGAGCGUGAAUUUAAUCGUCUUCUUGAGGCUACAAGUUACUUGUCCCACCAACUUGACUUCAACUACGCUGGAGGAAAGCCUGUGUCUUUGGGUCAGGCUCUUGAGUGGGUUAUUAAACUUCAAGAGAAGAAUGUGAAGGAGAAGCAGAUACAGCACUGGAAGGCAGUGAUUGCAUUGCAGGAGAGGCUGGAGGCUAAUCAGCAUCAGAUGUUGGCUCUAAAGGACAAAAUCCAAGAACUGAGUCGCCAGUACAAAGAGCAUAGUGAAAAUAAAGUGGUGCGUGAUAUCACACAAGAAUUUGUUGUAAGAUCCGAACUGCGUGACCUCAAAAUUGCCUGUCGUGAAUGGGACCAACUGUUGGAGCAGCAGCGAGAAAUUGAAGAACGGCUCCAGGAAUUAGAUGCUUCACCACCCUCGGAUGUAUACUUAUCACCUCGUGAUAGACAAAUUCUGGAUUGGCACUUUGCUAAUCUUGAGUUUGCAAAUGCCACACCUCUGGACAAACUGUCUUUGAAACACUGGGAUCAAGAUGAUGAUUUUGAGUUUACUGGUAGCCAUUUGACUGUGAGAAAUGGAUACUCAUGUGUGCCAGUUGCUCUUAGCGAGGGUUUGGACAUUAAACUGAAAACAGCAGUACGCCACGUAAGAUAUACUACCACUGGAGUUGAGGUUCUGGCAACUGAUUCGCGUUGCCAUGGAAAUCCACUGAACUUUAAAGGUGAUGCUAUACUAUGUACCCUUCCUCUCGGAGUGCUCAAGCAAUCAACUUCUGCUGCUGCUCAGGAUACUGGCAGACCAAAUGUUAUACAGUUUGUUCCACCACUACCUGACUGGAAAGUAGCAGCAAUACAGCGUCUUGGUUUUGGAAAUCUUAAUAAGGUGGUGCUGUGCUUUGAUCGAAUUUUUUGGGACCCAAGUACCCAUCUGUUUGGACAUGUGGGAAGUACAACAGCAUCACGAGGUGAACUGUUUCUCUUUUGGAACUUAUACCGAGCACCUGUACUGCUUGCCUUAGUAGCUGGGGAAGCAGCUGCUAUAAUGGAAAAUGUUAGCGAUGACGUCAUUGUGGGACGCUGUAUAGCAGUUCUGAAGGGUAUCUUUGGAAACAAUUCGGUUCCACAACCAAAGGAAACAGUUGUGACAAGAUGGCGAGCAGACCCGUGGUCCCGAGGUUCCUACUCAUUCGUUGCCGUGGGAUCAUCUGGAGCAGAUUACGAUAUUUUGGCUGCCCCUGUUACUCCAGGCCAACCACAGCCUCCUCCAGUUACUCCUGCUUCACAGAGCGGUAGCAGUGGCUCCAAUGGUAAUUCUGCAAAUCCUUCAGCCACUCCACCACCUGCCCAACAGCAGCAACCACCUCCUCGUUUGUUUUUUGCUGGAGAGCAUACAAUUCGCAAUUAUCCUGCAACUGUUCAUGGAGCAUUUCUAAGUGGAUUGCGGGAAGGCGGGAGAAUAGCUGACUACUUCACCGGAUGUCCAUACGCACCUCCAGCUGGUAGCACUACCAAUUCACAAUCAGCUGCAGCUUGAUUAUUUUCAUGCCCUUAGCCUGGCUUUACUGCUAGUAGUGUUGUAAUUUAAAACAGAUUUUUGGAAAUUGAAUACCUAACACAUUACUUUCCCUUUGGCCCAUCAUAAGUGAAACAUGAAACAAUCACCAAUACAAAUUGUCAUCUACCGUACAGAUCAGCUUUUUUCAUAUUUUUAUCUACUGUGCAGACAUGGAGUACAUAAGUACAUUGAAAGAAAAUGAGAAGUAAAGUUGGAACUAAUGCAUGUAGUUUUAGAUGUAAAGGACAAAGAAUGAUUUUGAUGGGGAUGAGCUAUAUUCUGUUCCAGGAUGAUGUAUGUAGGUGAAUAUGAGACUUUUUUUAAUGGACCUGUGUGGUGUUGUGUUAGUUAUCUUUGUAUGUUACUCUUAGUGCACAAGAUAAAAAAAGUUAGAGGUGA